GGAUUUCGCCUGCCUCUUGCUUCUGUCUUGUACCAAUCAACGCUCAAAAAUGGGAACACUGACAUCAAUGUUCAUCUAAAAGAAAAGAAGAGUUUCCUUGCUGCUCUUUUACGGUAAAAGGAAGCAUCAAGACAAUGUUGAUGAAAACCUUGGCAUAAGUUUCAACCAGUACUGGUGCUGGUGACGGCUCUUCAACCAAGUCCCAUCCAACAUCUGAGUCCUCUAGUCUUCAUUCAAAUAUUACAUCCUCCGUACAGUCUGCAAACACUGCAGUCAAAAAAAGUAUCACACUUCUGAUUCGGCCACUCAAAAAGGUGAAAACUUCACUUUCUAAACCUUCCGAGUCAACUCGCUCUGCCAGCCCAAUCUGCAUUGAUGAUUCAGUCCAACCUCAAGGAGAUGCCCUAAUAGCUGCUACCAAACCUGAUCAUGUCGUACAACUAGAGGCCCUCGAAAAAACCUGGCGCUCGCAAGUGUAAAACAAGUGCAGGUGGUGUUCGUCGCUACCAAGACUCAAAGGAUAAGGCUUCUACCGCUAACUUGAAGCAUCAUGCCAUUGGCUGUUGGGGUCAAGAGACAGUUGAUGCUGUCUUCGGUGGCCAGAAGGCAAACCCUCCUAGUGGCUCAAUUUUCUCAGCAUUUGCAUGCAAAGGACAACAGCCAGUACAAUAUACGCAUAGAGCACACACUAACACUGAUGUUCGUGCAAACCUUGUGCAGUGGAUAACAGAAAGUAAUCGUCCCACACGCAUCAUCAAUGAUCGAGCUCUACGUGAGCUCUUAUCUGCAGGGCGACCAAAUAUUGAACUGCCAUCCCAUUUUACUAUCUCACGUGAUAUACAAGCAUCAUUUGAAAAAUGCCAAGAGCAGAUAGGUAAUCUUUUGCAAGAACAUCCUGGCCACCUUCAUUUUGCAACAGACGCAUGGACAUCUCCGAAUCACCAUGCUUUUAUUGCUUGGACCGUUCAUCUGGAGUACAAUGGCCAGAUGAUUUGCUUCUUACUUGACAUUAUUGAAGUAGCAAAGUCCCACACUGGAAAGACUAUGGCGAAAGCAUUUCAGGAAAUGCUUGAGCGUUUCGGUCUUGAGCAAAAGGUGCUUGUUGUUACCAUGGACAAUGCGACAUCAAAUGAUACACAAACAGCUAAACUCUCAAAGCUAAACAAUUCCUUCAGCACCUUUAACCGUGUUAGAUGUUUCAAUCAUACCCUCCAGCUCUGCGUGUGUCCUUGGACGAGCUUCAAGAAUAUCUAUGCCAGCCUGUUGAAAAGACGAAGGACCCGCUAAAGUGGUGGGUGAAUAAUCAACACUCUUAUCCGAACUUGCAUAGGAUGGCACUCAACUACCUUAGCAUUCCUGCAACCUCAACUGCUGUAGAGCGGAUUUUCUCCCAAGGCUGGCAGCUGCUUCACUUUACUCGUAAUCGCUUAUCUCCUUCCUCAACUCGAGCCUUUCUCUGUCUGGGCUCAUGGCUCCGAUGUGAGCUCAUUUCGAGUGCAGAUCUUGUGAAAAUCAUUAAACAGUUAGGAAAGCGUAAGCUAGAUACGACAGAGGCUAUUGAUGUACAGUAGAUACUCUCAAAUUUGUAUUGCUUCAGCUCAUCUCAACG